AUGAAGUGCGCGGGCGUGGCCGGCGGCGGCGACGAGCUGCUGCUCGGCUCCUGCUGGCUCGACUCCAAGCUGGAGGCCGGCUCCCCUCCCUCCGCCUGCCACGAGCUCAUCGACUCUCUCCUCGCUCCACCGCCCCUCGCGGAACUCAAACCACUCCCCCCCUUCACCGGCUACACCGGACACCUCUCCAUCAACGGCAUCUCCGGGCACCACUUCCAUGCCAUCGCACAACGACUCCCCGAAGAAAACAACAACUACCCCACGCAGAGCGGCUACGGCGGCGACAAUGACGUCGUGUCUUCCUCGACGUGCACCGCCGACGCCGAACCUCCGGACCUCGAAGAUGUGAAACCUUUCCUAGAAUCACCCGACACGAAACCGUUCGCGGAAACAACCGGUUCUGGCGCGGCCGACUCGUGCGCCGCAUCUUGCUCCCCUCCGGCGAAAUUAUUCGACGAAAAUCACAAACAGGACAUGUAUGAUAUCAGUUCGAUUGAAGACAUAGCCGCUAUCAUUGGUUCAGCUAUUGCCGACACGACGGUGCCGUCGCAGCCGGAAGAUCCUGAGAGGAAUGAUUCUAGAGACAGCUGGAUGGACAUCGACGCGUGGAUCGCCGGCGCCUGCGGGCAACAUGGUGACAAAAUUGUUCAACAAGACUUGACAGAAUUCGGUCUGCCAGGUUCCCCGCCGUCACAAAAUCAUCAUUCCAGCCUCGACUUUCCUUGUAAACCUGGCCAAGACUUUGCUAAGACUCAGGAAUUUAUUCAGAAGAACUUGCAAACAGGCUCCACCCUCCAGUCUCUAUUGACACACGGUUACAUGCCACUAUUACAGAACAGACUUCAGAACGGUCCUCCAGUGAAACAAGAGGCGCCGAGUUCAACUAGUUACGGCAUGGAUGUGAUAUCAACGUCAUCUCCACCUGGAAAUGCUGUUUCCACUACUGACGGUGUGGGUGGUAUUCUGAACGGGCGAUACGCAUCUCAUUACGCGCUGAGCCUCAAACCUGACGGGUUAUGUAGUCCAGAAAGAUUGCUGGGCUAUCCGCAUGCGCACACGACAACAGUCACUCCAGUUAGUAAAAAUAAGAGAAAUAGAAGUAAGCCGAAGCAAAGCAACAGCUUGCACGGGAGCUCGCUGCCGUUCCCCUCCGCGACGGCGGCCGAGUUGAGCGGUCUGCUGGGCAAGGAGAAGCCGGUGCACCGCUGCGGGAUCUGCAAUCGAGGAUUCUUAAACAAGUCAAACAUCAAGGUGCACCUCCGCACGCAUACCGGCGAGAAGCCGUUCAGGUGCGACGUGUGCGCAAAAGCAUUCAGGCAGAAGGCGCACCUGAUAAAACACCAGCAGAUCCACAAGCGGAUCGGCAGGGACUAA